AUGAAUCUGCUCGUAACGUUUUCUUGGCUAUGCCUCAUCCUCUUGGACAGCAACAACAGCAGCAGCUUUGCAGAUAAGUACAACAAUAUCGAUGUUGGUCGGACAAUUUCUAUAGAGAUUCCAAAUAGUGGCUCGUCUAGUGGACGUCAGAAAAUCGAACAGAAAUUCUUUCCGUCAUCUUAUUUCUAUUCACAUUUUCCACCCUAUCCACCAAGUGGCUGUUUCUGUCCGCCGGGUCCGCCGGGACCACCUGGGCCGCCAAGCCGUCCUGGCGCUCCCGGUAGACCGGGUAUUCCCGGCCAACCGGGCAUCCAAGGUCCGAUUGGACCCGCGGGUCCACCCGGUCCUAAAGGCGAACCGGGAGCUAUGGGAGAUCCUGGAGAAAAAGGUGAAAUGGGACCGCCUGGGCUCAGUCUUAUCAGACGGCGCAGAGACGGCAUUCCUCAAACUGCAAACAAAGGCAUUAGAUCGAUUGAGGAAGCAGAGAAGUUUUCAGUAUUAAAAGGUGAUCCAGGAGAUAUGUGGGAACCAGGUAUGAACGGAGAAAAGAAACAGCCAGGCCUCAUCCUCUUGGACAGCAACAACAGCAGAAGCUUUGCAGAUAAGUACAACAAUAACGAUGUUGGUCGGACAAUUUCUAUAGAGAUUCCAAAUAGUGGCUCGUCUAGUGGACGUCAGAAAAUCGAACAGAAAUUCUUUCCACCAUCUUCUUAUUUCUAUUCACCUUAUCCACCCUAUCCACCCUAUCCACCAAGUGGCUGUUUCUGUCCGCCGGGUCCGCCAGGACCACCUGGACCGCCAAGUCGUCCUGGCGUUCCCGGUAGCCCGGGCAUUCCCGGUCAACCGGGUAUCCAAGGUCCGAUUGGACCCGCGGGUCCACCCGGUCCUAAAGGCGAACCGGGUGCUAUGGGAGAUCCUGGAGAAAAAGGUGAAAUGGGACCGCCUGGGCUCAGUCCUAUCAGACGGCGCAGAGACGGCAUUCCUCAAACUGCAAAGAAAGGCAUUAGAUCGAUUGAGGAAGCAGAGAAGUUCUCAGUAUUAAAAGGUGAUCCAGGAGAUAUGUGGGAACCAGGUAUGAACGGAGAAAAGGAACAGCCAGGUGAGCUCGAUACUCGUCGACAGCCCAGAGAUGACAAUUCUCAAGUGGACUUUGUGUCUGAGGACAAAGACGCUGGAUCAAUUGAUGAGCCAGACAAACCAGAUCUAAAAGAAAGUAAAGCAACAUGCUUGAAGUUGUGCGAACAAAAACAUGUAACUGUGUAA